UCGCCCGACACGGCAGAUUCGCGCAGUUAAUUUAUCCGUAUCGUGGUCAUUGAACUCAGAAGACACUGCCUUUAAAGUCUAAUCUAUAGUUAAAAAAUAAACUGCUUAGGAAUUUCCACGGUUUUUAUAAAAUAAUAGGUACCAAAAUCAUUACUAUUUUCCUAUUGUAAGUCGAAGUUCUGUAUUCAUAUAAUCGAUUCUUCUAUUAUGCAUGCAGUAGCGAAAUUUAGCACAAAAUGUCUAAUUUUCCGAACGUAACCUUAUUUUAUGUCGGCGUGACUCCAGCUCUAGCAAAGAGUGAAGUACAGUGGAUGUGUUUGCUACAAUGUAUAAUGUUCACUCGCAGUUUGUGGUAGCGCUACUUCUGUUAUAGUUCGGUUCGGAGCGUAGUCGUUGGCAAGAGGACCGGUAGCAGGUCGGCAGCGGCAGCGGGCAGCGGGCAGCGGCAGCCGGCGCCAGAGGCAUUCGGCGGCCGAGGCAGCAUGUGCUGACGCCAUGCGCGCGGGAUGCGCGCCCGCGCUCUGCCCGCCCGCGCGGCCCCCGCGCCUCUCGCGCGUCAUGCGCCCCAGGCGCCCCAUGCGCUGCCGCUGCUGCUUCUCACGCUGUUGCUGGCAGGAUGCGCCGGAUGUGCAGGCAACCCGGACGCAAAGCGGCUGUACGACGACCUGCUGAGCAACUACAACAAGCUGGUGCGGCCAGUGCUCAACGUGAGCGACGCACUCACCGUGCGUAUCAAGCUCAAGCUCAGCCAGCUCAUCGAUGUUAAUCUCAAAAAUCAGAUAAUGACAACAAACCUGUGGGUGGAGCAGAGUUGGUUCGACUACAAGUUGUCGUGGGAGCCUCGCGAGUACGGCGGCGUGGAGAUGUUGCAUGUGCCCUCCGACCAUAUUUGGAGGCCCGACAUAGUGCUGUAUAACAACGCCGACGGCAACUUCGAGGUGACGCUGGCCACCAAGGCGACGCUCAACUACACGGGCCGAGUCGAGUGGCGCCCGCCCGCCAUCUACAAGUCCUCGUGCGAGAUAGACGUCGAGUACUUCCCCUUUGACCAGCAGACAUGCGUCAUGAAAUUCGGCUCGUGGACGUACGACGGCUUCCAGGUGGACCUGCGGCAUAUCGACGAGGCGCGCGGCACCAACGUCGUCGAACUGGGCGUCGACCUCUCAGAGUUCUAUACUUCGGUGGAAUGGGACAUCCUCGAAGUACCCGCAGUCAGAAACGAGAAGUUCUACACGUGCUGCGACGAGCCCUACCUGGACAUCACGUUCAACAUCACAAUGCGUCGUAAGACGCUCUUUUACACGGUGAACCUGAUCAUACCUUGCAUGGGCAUCUCGUUCUUGACCGUGCUCGUAUUCUACUUGCCCUCGGACAGCGGGGAGAAGGUCUCGCUCUCCAUCUCUAUCCUGCUGUCGCUGACGGUGUUCUUCCUGCUGCUAGCCGAGAUCAUCCCGCCCACCUCGCUCGUCGUACCGUUGCUCGGGAAGUUCGUGCUCUUCACUAUGAUCCUCGACACCUUCAGUAUCUGCGUGACGGUGGUGGUGCUGAACGUGCACUUCCGGUCGCCGCAGACGCACACGAUGGCGCCGUGGGUGCGCCGCGUCUUCAUCCACGUGCUGCCGCGGCUGCUGGUGAUGCGGCGGCCGCACUGCCGCCUUGACCCGCACCGCAGCCGCUUUUGUGUUGAAAGUGCGGGCAUAAUGGCCCGCGAGGCCACGGAGCUGACGUGCGCGCAGAGCGGAGCGGGCGCGUGCCGGCUGCACGGCGCGCGGCCGGGCUCGCGGCCGGGCUCGCCGCCGGGAGCGCCGGGAGCGCCGGGGCCGGCCGACGCGCCCGCGCUCUGCGCCGCGCUGCGCCGUUGGCACCGCUGCCCGGAGCUGCACAAAGCCAUCGACGGCAUCAACUACAUUGCGGACCAGACGCGCAAAGAAGAGGAAUCCACAAGGGUGAAAGAGGACUGGAAGUACGUGGCGAUGGUGCUGGACCGGCUGUUCCUGUGGAUCUUCACGCUGGCCGUGGUCGUGGGCUCCGCCGGCAUCAUCCUGCAGGCGCCCACACUGUACGACGAACGCGCGCCCAUCGACGUGCGUCUCUCGGAGAUCGCCUACGCGGCCGCCAAGCCCCGCCCACCCCCGCCGCCCCGCUGACUCCCCCUAAACCUCCACAAAGUAUACUGUAAAUAUAAUAUUGUAAUGAUAGUUUUUA